AUGAAGCAAGUGGGACUGAGCAACGCUGACUGUGCGACACAGUACAAUGACACUGCCGAUCCGACAAUCGAUUGCACCGCGAUGUCCCAGCGCUGUGCUCUCCUGAUGGGGGCGCCCUUCACCACCUGUGACAUCAACCCACAGCCCUACAUUCAAGCCUGCAGUUACACUUUGUGCCGAUAUCCUGCGGUGGACGGUUUGAAGUGCACAUUCAUGGAGGCCUACGCCACAGACUGUGGACUCCGUGGAAACACCACGAUAGACGGCUGGAGGUCAAGCGUCAGCUGCCGUAAGAUUGCCUUCUGUCAGGGCAAGUUCUGCAGCGCUCAUGAGUUCUGUGGUGAGAAGACGGCGGGUGGUGACACCCGGUGCUUCUGUCGAGCCAUUUUUGCCUCCCAGAAUGGAUCAGCUUUUGACCAGACAACGGUCUGCAGAGACAACACUGCUUCGGUUACUCUCGUUGGUUGUCUCCUGGAGAAUUUGGGCAUCGACUACACCACCCUCCAACUGAAAGAUGAGACCUGCAAGGGUCAGGUGGACAAUAUGACCCACACGGUGUCCUUCACCUUUAAUGGCAACAACACCUGUGGUACAGUGGUCACGAGCAACGGCACCCACAUGAUCUACACGAACACCAUUAUGUCACACAAUGCAUCUGGUGACAUUGUUCGCAGUGUAGAUCUGCUGGUUGACUUCUCCUGCUUCUAUGACCAACCAAAUACAAACAGCUUUGCCCUUCAAAUCAACACAAGCUCUGUGAUCCAGCAGUUAAGAUAUGGACAAUGGUUUUAUAACCUGACCAUGAAGGUCUAUUUGGACUCUGCUCGUACCCAACUUAUUGAAGGGGUAACCAAUAUCCAACUGAACCAGAAGAUCUGGGUGGAACUGGAGGCAGAUGGACUGGAUAACAGAAUUGUUGCUGUGGUGAUAGAAUCUUGCUGGGCAACUCAUGACCCAUUACCCAAUGGGACUCUCAGACAUGAUCUGAUCGUGAACAGCUGUGCUGACGUCAGUGAUGGAACAGUGACGGUGGAAAGCAACGGACAAGGAACCACCAGCUAUUUCUCCUUUAACACCUUCAGGUUCUAUGGGCAAAAUGGUGACGUCUACCUGCACUGCAGAGUCCAACUGUGUGGAACCAUCAACAACAACUGUGUUCCGGUACAACUCACUCACUUUGACCCAAACAUGAUCCACCCUUCUGUCUUAUUGUUUACCCCAUCACCUCCAAGCCAUGGUGUUUGUGACUCUGGUUGGCGACCAAAUGGACCUUCAGAGGAAUUGCUGGAGGUUUCAACAUGCUGA